CGACAUAUUGUGACGUUUCUUCACUAUUGCAAUGUAACGAAGAAUGAUAUCACUAAGUUAAUGGCGAUUAGCUUGAAAAACCAUGGUCUGAAAGUAAGUCAUGGUAGCUAAUUCGGGCAAUGCCAAAGAGUAUUUUGUAACAGGUUUAUCAGCAAAGAACUGUAAUUUACCUGAAAUAUAUUGUGCUUGAUUAACGAGUCUUGCAAUACAAUAAUUUCCCCUUUGGUUAGACAAAUUAAUGGUUCUUUCGUCAUAACUAGCUUUGUCUUUUAAGCUAGCAGCAGAAGACAGCAACAAAAUUAAAUAUACUCAAUGAAACGAAGAGAGGCUACUAGAUGCGAUAUACCAACGAAAAGAAGACACCGUUCCAGUUCAAUUGGGCGGGCAUCAGAAAACUCGUCUGGUUCAUCACAUAAUUCCUCAAAGAUUCGAAUCCCACCAAGGGAUAAAUCUUACAUCCAGCUAGAACGUAUUUUAGCUAAAAUUGAACGUCGAAUCGACUUUAUAUCAGGAGAUGGCAAUUGUUUUUUUAGAGCCCUGAGUAAAGAAAUAUCAGGAGUUGAAAAACAUCAUAUAUCCUACAGGAACAAAAUAGUCGAUCUAAUAGAAACGAAGCCUCUACAUUACAUAAAGUUUUUAGACGAUAAUGAAAGUAUAGAGGAGCAUGUAGAUAAAAUGCGUAUGAACAAAGUUUGGGCUACUACUGCGGAGGUAUUUGCAGCUGCUCAAUUUACAGGGGAAACUAUUUACCUUUUUACGCCUGUUAUAAACAAAAAAUACCAAUGGUAUCAUUUUAAACCCACGAAGUCUCCGAAAAAUGACAAAUCAUAUAUAUUAUUAUGUCAUACAGAAGGAACACAUUUCGAUAGGAUUGUUCCUUGUGAUCAAUUCGAUAAUACAGAUUAUCCCCCACCAUUUUCACGUGGUAAUUUCUUGAAAUUCUUCUGAAAGCUACCCAGAGUGGAUAUUUUCAUUAUCGAUAAGUAUCCAGAUAUUGCGGAUUCUUUGAGAACCGGGAACUAGACGUUGUUAGAUACUUGAUUCUUGAGAAAUAUCUAGACAUUGUGGUUAUUUUCAAUAUCAAGAAAUAAUCUGAACGUUGAAGAUAUUUUCAAUAUCGAAAAAUAUCUAAACGUUGUGGAUAUUUUGAUUACAAGACAUUGUGGAUACUUUGGUAAUCGAAAGGUAACUUUGUGGGGCGAAGUUUUUAGAUUACCAAGGAGUGUCUGUUUUUGAAAUGUUCUGUUUUCGUUUUCUCCGAUAAAAGAAGAAACGUAAAGUUUUCAUGCCCCUCAAAAUACAGUGUUAAUUCUUUCAGAAGACUUCAUUUAAGAUCGAGCAAGUAAUGUUUACACCUUCCAUUUCGAAAUCUGGACGAUUUGAAAAGUUUCGAUCGGUAUUAAUCUGAUUUGUUUUUACCAUUUGUCAAUUUCCAGAAAUCAUAAGUCGGAUUUCAAAUUACAUCAAUAAAUAUACUAGCAAUGAUCUACCAGAAAUGUUAAGGCAUAUGAAUUGUGAACUAUUUCAUUUUCUUUAUGGACGAAGAUAGAAAAAACGGAAAACCGCACCAUAAGUGAAAUAGAGAUGAAAGUUGUAUUAGAAGCUUCUCGAUAAGGACUUUAAGGACUCAUGAAUUCGUGCAAUGUAUUAUUUUACAAUAUACUAAAGAGCCAAAAAGUUAUUGAGAAUCUUA